GGAAAAACUAGUUUGAACCAAUCAGCGCGCUUUCAAUGGAACCCGGGAGUUCACGAGGGGGUUGCGUUUAGCAUAGCGGCUAACUUGGAAAUUAUCCUAUUAUAGCUGCUAUAAGGAAUUACGUUAAGAGAGGUGGAACAGGUGCUACACAUGGAUACUGAGGGCUUUGGGGAGCUCCUGCAGCAGGCAGAACAGCUUGCAGCAGAGACUGAGGCCGUUUCUGAGCUGCCCCAUGUUGAGCGAAACCUACAGGAGAUCCAGCAGGCAGGAGAGCGACUACGUUCCCGCACUCUCACCAGAACCUCUCAAGACACAGCUGACGUAAAAGCCUCCAUCCUCUUGGGCUCUCGGGGUCUUGACAUCUUCCAUAUCUCCCAGCGUCUUGAGAGUCUCAGCGCUGCCACUACAUUUGAGCCUCUUGAGCCAGUCAAAGACACUGAUAUUCAGGGCUUUCUGAAGAACGAGAGAGACAAUGCACUGCUGUCAGCCAUCGAGGAAUCACGCCGCAGGACAUUUCUGCUGGCGGAGGAGUACCACAGAGACUCUAUGUUGGUGCAGUGGGAGCAGGUGAAGCAGAGAGUGUUGCACACCCUGCUGGGAGCUGGAGAGGAUGCGCUGGACUUCAGCCAGGAAGUGGAGCCCAGUUUCGUGAGUGAGGUCGGAGUUCCAGGACGCAGCGCACUGGACAGUGUGGAAGUUGCCUACAGCCGACAGAUCUAUGUCUUCAAUGAAAAGAUAGUAAAUGGGCAUCUUCAACCCAACCUGGGAGAUCUCUGUGCCUCAGUAGCUGAAAGCCUGGAUGAUAAGAAUGUGUCAGACAUGUGGCUCAUGGUGAAGCAGAUGACUGACGUUCUGUUGGUGCCAGCAAAGGACACGCUGAAAAGUCGAGUGUCUGUGGACAUGCAGAUGGCCUUCGUCAGACAAGCCCUGCAGUUCCUGGAGAACAGCUAUAAAAAUUACACUAUGGUCACCGUAUUUGGGAAUCUGCACCAGGCUCAGUUGGGCGGAGUUCCUGGCACUUAUCAGCUCGUAUGCAGCUUCCUGAACAUCAAGCUGCCGACCCCGCUGCCAGGCAUGCAGGACGGCGAGGUGGAGGGACAUUCAGUGUGGGCUCUGAUCUAUUUCUGCCUGCGUUGCGGAGACCUGUCUGCCGCCAUGCAGGUGGUGAACAGGGCACAGCAUCAGCUGGGCGACUUUAAGAUCUGGUUUCAGGAGUACAUGAACAGCCCCGACCGACGUUUGUCUCCUGCCACAGAAAAUAAACUACGACUUCAUUACCGACGUGUGUUGAGGAACAGUGCCGACCCCUACAAGCGCGCGGUCUACUGUCUCAUUGGCAAAUGCGACAUCGGCGACAAUCAUGGAGAGGUCGCUGACAAGACAGAAGACUACCUUUGGCUCAAGCUGAAUCAAGUGUGUUUUGAUGAGGAUGGCAGCAGUUCUCCUCAGGACAGAAUGACUCUGGCCCAACUUCAGAAACAGCUACUUGAAGACUAUGGUGAGUCCCAUUUCUCGGCCAGCCACCAGCCAUUCCUGUACUUCCAGGUGCUUUUCCUGACUGCACAGUUUGAGGCAGCCAUAGCGUUCCUCUUCCGAGUGGAACGUCUGCGCAGCCAUGCCGUUCAUGUAGCUCUGGUGCUGUACGAGCUCAAACUGCUGCUCAAAUCAUCGGGCCAGAGCGCACAACUCUUGAGUCAAGAAGCUGGAGAUCCUCCAAUGGUGCGACGGCUCAACUUCAUCAGGCUGCUUAUGCUCUACACCCGCAAAUUUGAGUCCACAGACCCACGAGAGGCCCUGCAGUACUUCUACUUCCUCAGGAAUGAGAAGGACAGUCAAGGAGAAAACAUGUUCAUGCGCUGCGUCAGCGAGCUAGUCAUCGAGAGUCGGGAGUUCGAUAUGCUUCUUGGAAGACUCGAAAAAGAUGGAAGCAGGAAGCCCGGCGUGAUUGACAAGUUUGCCGGAGACACGCGGGUCAUCAUUACCAAGGUGGCCUCGGAGGCAGAGAACAAAGGGUUGUUUGAGGAGGCCGUCAAACUGUAUGAGUUAGCCAAGAAUCCAGAUAAGGUUCUGGAGCUGAUGAAUAAAUUAUUGAGUCCAGUUAUCGCGCAAGUCAGCGAGCCCCAGUCCAACAAAGAGCGACUCAAAAACAUGGCAGUGGCUAUUGCCGAACGGUACCGUACUAAUGGUGUAGCUGGAGAGAAGUCUGUGGACAGCACAUUCUACCUGCUUCUGGACCUCAUGACGUUCUUUGACGAGUACCACGCUGGACACAUAGACCGAGCCUACGAUGUGAUUGAGAGGCUAAAGCUGGUUCCCUUAAGUCAGGACAGUGUUGAGGAGCGGGUUGCAGCCUUCAGAAACUUCAGCGAUGAGAUAAGACAUAAUUUGUCAGAGGUUCUGCUGGCCACAAUGAAUAUCCUGUUCACACAGUACAAGCGUUUAAAGGGGGCUGUAGCCGGUACGCCAGGAAGACCUCAGCGUACUCUUGAGGACAGAGACAUGCUGCUGCGCAGUAAAGCCCGGGCUCUGAUCACGUUUGCGGGAAUGAUUCCGUAUCGGAUGGCUGGAGAUACCAAUGCCAGACUGGUUCAGAUGGAGGUCCUAAUGAACUGAAACUCCCCACUUAACACUUCUCUAGCAGCUGUCGCUCAUUGUCCUCAUUCCAUCAUUACUUUCGUCAACUUAUAUUUGUGUUUUUUUCCAUUAUUUGAAAUAAAAAAAAAAAAAAUGAAAUUCAGUUCAGUUUUGUUUACAUUUUGUUUCUUUUAUUAUAAACCCCAUGUUUUCUGUUUUUUAAUUUGACAUUACAUUGUUUGAUUUGAUUUGUUUUGUCCUGCAUUUUCUUUUAUUUGAUUACAUUUCAGUUGCAUAUCAAUUUCAUUUUAAAAGCCUUAGUCUCAUAUAAAGGCUAUAUGAAACAAAUCAAAUACGCUAUUACAGUUUAUCCCUUAUGAAAUCCAAUAUGAAAUCCAGUGCAAUCAAACAAAGUGCGCAUCUUAUGACAAUUAUAUUCUUUAUUAUAUUAUCAACAGUGAUAUCACUGGUGAAUUCGGUGCCAACCGACAAUCGGUAUACUAUAUAUACAGGGUUCUCACAGAAAAACCUUCCUGGGCUGGAAAAGGCAUUGAAAUUGAAUAGAAGUCAAAGAUUUCUAUAGUGCCGAUAUGUUUUAUCAGUUAUGAGUUCUGAAAUGUUUUAUUGACUGCACAUUGUUACGGAUAGAGCUUGUGUAGUGUAAAACUCACAAACUACAGUGAUUUAUCAGCGAAUCUUUCUUUUAAGAGGAAAUUUAUAAUGAUUUCUUAUUAGUUAAUCAGAGUUUGAACAAGGUGCUUAAAGUACCUGAAUUUGACUUUUUGAAUUUUAAGGCCUAGAAAACCCUUGAAAGUAUCAAUAUUCGUGAAGAGGUACUUGAAAAGUGCUUGAAUUAUUGAAAGACAAUGUAUCUAUCAAAUAAGUGUUUAAUUUGUUAUAUAUCUUUUCACGUAAGAUUCAAGCAAUUCAAAAAACAAAAUACCUUUUCCACUUAUUUCAAUUAAUAAAAGUAGUAAAAAAACAAAAUAAUUAGAUUUAGAACUUAACUUCGAAGCGCGGAGCGUGAAUCAUUCUAUUUAGAUUGGGACUUUGGCGCAGGUUUGCGAAUCAUUUGAUUCAGAGUGUUGAUCGUGAAUCAUUCGUUUUGGAUCAGGAUUUCAGAGUGGUUUCACAAAUUUGACGUUUGGCAUUGGCUGUAACGAUUUAAAAAGGCAUGUAGUGAUGGGUGAAACUGAGUUUUUCAAAAUGGCAAAUCAGUUAAACUAUUGUGUUGAAAAAGGAUUCACUGUUUCGAAGCGCUCCAAUUGGAUCACGUAUCGCAAAUCAUUUGAUUCAGAUCGGGACUUCAGAUCACGAAUCAUUUGAUUCAGAUCGGGACUUCGAAGCAGGUUCGCAAAAUCAUUAGGUUUAGAUUGGAACUUUGCAUAUCGCAAAUAAUUUGAUUUAGAUCGGGACUUUGGUGCAGGUUUACUAAUCAUUUGAUUCAGUUUGAGACUUUAGUGUUUUAAGGAUUUAAGAGUCAUUUCACAAUUUCGACAUUUUGGCAUUGGCUGUAACGAUUUAAAAAAGCACAUAGUGAUGGGUGAAACUGAGUUUUUCCGAAAUGCCUAAUCAGUUUAACUAUUGCAUGAAGCGCUCCAAUCGGAUCGCGGAUUGCGAAACAUUUGAUUUAGAUUGGACCUUCGUGUAUUGUGAAUCACUUGAUUUAGAUCGGGGCUUUGUUGCAGGUUUGUGAAUCUUUUGAUUCAGUUUGGGACUUUAAAGUGUUGAUCAUGAAUUAUUUGUUUUGGAUCAGGAUUUUGGAGUGGUUUCACAAAUUCGACAUUUCGACAUUGGCUGUAACAAUUUCAAAAAGCAGGUGGAGAUGGGUAAAACGGAGUUUUUCGAAACGCCAAAUCAGUUAAACUACUACGUCGCAAAAUGAUUCGUUGUUUCGAACUUCGGAGCGCGGAUCACGAAUCAUUUGAUUCAGAUCCAGACUUCGGUGCAGGUUCUCGAACCAUUUAAUUCAGAUCGAGACUUCAGUGCAGGUUUGUGAAUCAUUUGAUUCAGUUCGGGACUUAAGAGCGUUGUUUGCGAAUCAUUUGUUUCGGAUCAGGAUUUCGGAGUGGUUUCACAAAUCUUUUCUUUUUUUUUUUUUUUUUUUUUUUUUUUUUACGGUUAUGAACACAAAACCAAAAAAUGAAAUUAUAUGCAAAUACAAAUCCUUUAAAAUAAAAAAAAUAUAUAUCAAAUUAACUCUGGUUUUAAUUGGAAAGAGAAGACAUUGUUUGAUAAGUGAGAUCUCUGAUUGCAGUCCUGGAAUUUAAUUUUACAGUAUCUGCGCAAAUCCUAAUUAUUUCAUUAACUAACACUAAGCAAUACAUUUGUUAUAGUUUUUAUUCAUCUUUGUUAAUAUUAGUUUAUAAAAAAAAAUACAACUUCCAUUAAAUAAUAUUAACAGACAAAUUUAGAUUUUAAUAAUGAAAUUAACACUAAUAAAUGCUUUGGAAGUAUUCUUCAUUGCUAGUUCAUGUUAACUAAGCCUUUUCUGUUAAAUCGUUUAAAUUACUUCACAAGAUUAACUCAUCACAAAUCAGUCUAAAUAUAACAAAGGUAAUGGAAAUGAUUUAACCAAACAUGUGGGAACCCUGUAUAUUUCUUGCUUCUGUUUUUGUUGGCUCAUACUUUAUUCAUUAAAAUAUAUGUUGUGUAACACAAACCUACUGUACAAACAAGUGGCCGACAGGGAGUGUUCAGAGCCCUUUCAGAGAGUUGCGAGAGCAGGAAUGUGUCUGUGUGACAUUGAUUCUCUCAGCAGAUGGUGGGUUAUGGAGGAAAUGCCCGUAGAGCACACAGAUGGACGUGUUGGCUUUGUCACGGCCGGCUGCAGUGUCUGCUCCAGCUCCCUCUAAGCUCUGCUUUGCAUUUUUAACCGUUAGCAUCUGGAGCUGCUGCAUUAAUAUUAGAGUGCACUGUCCUAAAUUCAAGGUACUGGAUUCACAACAGUCAGGCUAUUUCAACUUUAUUUCACCCUUUGUGCAAAAGCUCUUUUGCGAAGAUCCUUAACUGACGCGUGUCAAAUAGGAACUCUGUUUGGUUUGAAUCCUGGAGAAGAAGACCUGGAGGGAGAAGAUGCAUCUUCACACCUCAUGGACUGGUGUGUGAGGUGUGUGUGCUGCAGCUGGUGUUGUGAAUCAGGCCGAUGUCACACGUCCGCGAUAACCCGGCUAUUUCACAACACCAGGGUGGCACCACACCGCUGCCAACAAAGGAGCUCUACCUAAGAUCAUCCGUCUCUUUCACUUUACUUCUAUGUACAUAUGUACAGUAAUGUAUCAUCCUCACUAAAAGUACGGGAGUGGUUCUUUAAAAAUAAAGAACUAAGAUGUACAACUAA